GAGAAUCCCAAAUUUUUAGCUUGUAAUUUGUUCCCGUGAUGCUUUCGGUAUCCCGCGUUGCGGUCGGGAACGCACGACACGUGCAUCCAUCCAUGGCACGCGUGAGGAAACACGUUCUUGCUGGAGGUUUCACACAGACUUUUGGCGGACGACGAUGGAUUUCGCUCAAGGAAACAGAUCAAAAGGGUAUACCCACAAGAGGUGGUCCUGCUUGUCUUCCACCUCCACCGCCACCAAAACCGUCCUAUACGGGCUACAUCCUCGGAGCAAUUGCACUAACAGCGGGAGGUUUGGGUCUGGCGUAUUACAACGGUCUCUUCGAUAGUCCAGCGCCACCAACGCCGUUGGACGAUACAAAAGAAGAUUCUAAAAGGAAGAAAAAACCAUACCCGGCAUCGUCCAAAGAUCUCCCGAAGCAUGUACCUUAUCUUCUCAUCGGUGGCGGAACAGCCAGCAUUGCAGCGUUUCGAUCCAUCCGUGUGCACGAUCCAAAAGCGAAGGUGAUGAUGAUCACAAACGAACUCGAAAUGCCAUAUAUGCGCCCACCACUCUCGAAAGAGCUCUGGUUCAACCCGGUUGAUGUGGAGCCGCUAAAGUUCCGCCAGUGGAACGGUAGCGAGAGGAGCAUCUUUUACGAACCGAACGACUACUACAUCGAUCCAAGCAAAUUGGCCGAAGCUCCGAACGGAGGAGUUGCGGUUGCCCGUGGGUACGAAGUGCAACGGCUGGAUGUGGUCAACCGAAAGGCGAUCCUGACCGACGGUACGGAAAUUUCGUAUGACAAGUGUUUAAUCGCGACUGGGGCCAGACCGAAAAAUCUGCCCGUCUUUGAAUCAGCCCCUCGAGCCGUCAGAGAGCGUGUUACUUUGUUCAAGAGUGUGCACGAUUUCGAACAGCUAACGGAAAAGCUGGGUGAUGGCAGUCGGGUAGCGGUCAUUGGCGGAGGAUUCCUGGGCAGCGAGCUUGCCUGCGCACUCUCGAAGUCCGAACAAACGCGCAAGCACAAAAUUGAAGUAUUCCAGCUCUUCCACGAAGGUGGCAAUAUGGCCAAAAUUCUUCCGGAAUAUCUUAGCAGCUGGACGACGGAGCGUUUGCGGGACGAGGGUGUUAAGGUGUGGCCAAAGACGCAGGUGAAAGCGGUUGAAAUGCAGGGCGCCAAGGUGAAGCUAACGCUAAUGGACGACAGUAUGCUACUGGUGGAUCACGUGAUAGUCGCCGUUGGUUCAGAUCCGAACACAGACCUCGCGAAAUCGUCCGGUCUUGAGGUGGACCGUCAGAAUGGGGGAUUUUUGGUAGAUGCUGAGUUGAGAGCGCGAUCAAACGUGUUUGUCGCAGGAGAUGCGGCCUGUUUUUACGAUACCAAGUUCGGACGGCGAAGAGUGGAGCAUCACGAUCAUGCCAUCGUAUCUGGCCGUUUGGCUGGAGAGAAUAUGGUUGGAUUAAAUAAACCAUACACGCACCAGAGUAUGUUUUGGUCGGAUCUUGGACCACGGAUUAGCUACGAAGCGAUCGGUCUAAUAGAUUCUUCCCUUCCCACGGUGGCCGUUUUUGCUAAACGGACGGCAGAAGAGAUGGCUCGAGCGGUUGCGGACGUCGUUUCCGGUGGGAACGAAUCCGAAAAAUUGCAAGCAGCCAAUGCCAACGUCAGCGUUGAUGUUAAAAGCGUGUCUGUUGCAACAAGCGAACAAACAGCUUCGGCGCAUGUGGCACCGAAAAAGCACGAUCGCGAGGGGGAGCCUGAGGAUAGCUUCGACAAAGGUGUGAUAUUUUAUCUGCGAGAUAAAAAACUGGUCGGGCUUUUACUGUGGAAUGUGUUUAAUCGCAUGGGAACCGCGAGAAAACUGCUUGACCAGCACACCGAAUAUGACGAUUUGAACGAGGUGGCUAAACUAUUCAAUCUUCACGAACGGCCGGCAGAAAAUGAGGAAAUCGAGGCGGAGUAGAGCAAAAAUCGUAUUUAGCUCCUGGGAGUGAGCCGGAAGUAAAAAAGAGCAUUUGGGAUUGCAGCGUACGGUUAAGCUAAAAAUACAAAUUCCCGUGUUGCGGUAAAUUAAAACUCUUUGUGUAGCAUAGCGAAAGUCUUCCAUCUUUCUGUUAUUAUCAUUACUUAUGGUU